AUGGAUGUUACAGAAAAUGAACAAAAAAUCAAAUCUUCCGAUCGCUACGGUUGCAGUGGCGGAGCGGUACUCACCAACUCAGAUACCUGUCAUCAUGAAAGUCUUUAUAAGCUCAGAGGUCUGUCUAACGAGGAGUUGAGAAAGCGGCGUCGCAUUUCCGAGGUUCAAAUAAGGAAACAGAAACAAGAAGACUUUUUCAAUAACAAGAGAAGGCUCGACAAUGAUGAAGUAGAGUUCACGCUUGCUGAUGACUGCUGUAUCAUUCCAAAAACAGUGUUAAAUAUGAUUAAGAGUGGGAACCUUCAAAAUGAAUUGGCAGGACUGAAGUUCCUUCGUUCGAAAAUCGCCGAGAGUGCCGAAGAUGUGAACUGCAUGUCAGGACUGGGUGAUAUUUCUCUGAUUUCUCAUCUCACACGUUUACUAAUUCACGGGGAUAAGGAUCUCACUGAUGAUAUCUCCUGGAUACUCGUCAAUAUGUUUCGUCGUCAUGAAAAUCGAUUAUUCACUGAAGACAUCCGUGGGCAAGUUCUACCCACUUUUUGCGGUCUUAUUCACCGAGCUGCAUCUUCAAAAAAUGGGAACAAGAAGCUCGUGAUAAUUAGACAUAUAGUGUUUCUUAUUGCCACUCUUUUUUCGGAUAUUCACGAAUUUACACCUGAUUUAAUUGAACUCUUCCCACUUCUACCACUUAUUUCUCGUCAACUAUCUUCAGAGGAUUUAACAAUUCAAUCGGAUGCACUUAGAGCAUGUAGAUUCAUGUCUGAAUAUCCUGACUUUUUUCAGCCAAUGUCAGAUGCUGGCAUCCAGAUAAAGCUUGUGAGUUUGCUGCCUUCAUGCUCUUCAUUUGUCGUAUAUGAAAGCCUUCGGUCAAUUGCAAACGUUAUUCAAGAGACAUCCCUAUAUACAAAAGAUAUGGUCAAUAGUGGUCUGCUGUUCAACAUGCUUCCACUCAUGUCUCGUAAUACAACGAUGCGUGAAGCUUGCUUUGUCAUGAGCAACAUUGCGGCAGAGGGUAAUGAUAUGCUGCAAGCCGUUCUGGAUGUCGGCACACUUAAGGAAAUCGCGGUUUUGCUUGAGGUUGCUGAUUACGAAACUCGAAAAGAGGCAUUUUACGUAAUGUAUCAUGCUGCUACAUCGUCCCGAUCGUGUCAUCUAGCAGCGAUUCUCGGUGCUGAUUUGCUUUCUCCACUUUGUGACUUCCUCACAGUUUUGGAACACUCUCUUGUAGCUGAUGUGAUGGAGGCUCUUUCCGCAUUGCUUGCAUAUGGAGAACAGCUUGCUAUAGGUUUGACAGACUUUUUGAAUCCUGUAGCCACCAGAAUGGAAGAGUUAGGAGCAAAGGAGAAACUGGAGUUUCUGUGCGACAGUCACUCAAUGCGCUUGCAUGUGGCGGCGCAUGAACUUUUGGAAAAAUAUUUUUCCUCUCUUGAUGAUUUCGAAUUAACAACACAGCAUGCAGUUUCAAUGCGUCCCUAUUCUGGAGAGCGUGAUUCGAUGGACGAGACAAUCGAUAUGAUCGUCAAGAGCGUUUGUUUGUAG